GACAUUCCAUUUUUUCAUGGCUGGCAUCAUUUUGUUGAUGCAUUGAGUGAAGCCGAAAAAUUAAUUUAUUUACGUAUCCUGACAAUUUACGUCCUUAAAUGUAUCAAUGAUUAUCUCCAAAAUUUAUAAAAUGUCUUAAACGUUGGUAAAAGUGGGUGGUGUGCGUUUUACUUCAUUACUGUAAGGUAGGGCACUUGUGUACGUACUAAAAUGAGCAAACGACGCCGUGCUUCGUCUGUUGCUAGCCGGGGCGCUGAUGGGUAUGAUAGUGAUGAUGGAGUGGAACUUAGCAACCCUGGACCGCCGCCAUCCAGGAAGAAAAAGAAGCUGGAUCCCGGAGAAAUGUGCCAGCAGCUGUAUGAUACGAUAAGAUCUCACAAGAAAGAAGAUGGCUCCUUGCUUUGUGAUUCCUUCAUAAGAGCUCCAAAACGGCGCCAGGAACCCCAGUAUUAUGAAGUGGUCACUCAGCCCAUAGAUUUAUUGAGGGUUCAACAAAAGCUGAAAACGGACACAUACGAAGACAUAGAAGAGCUGUCAGCUGAUAUAGAGCUGCUUGUGAACAAUGCAAAGGCUUUCUACAAGCCGGACUCGGCAGAAUACAAGGAUGCUAUUGAGCUAUGGAAGCUGUACAAACAGACCAAGAUAGCUUUGGAGAAUGGUGAGGAGAUAAAAACUCCAAAGCUCUCCCGCAACGGGUCCUCGAGCAGACGAUCUGAUGUGGCUGAAGACAUCUCUGAAACAUCAACCAAUAAUGAAGAAGACAUCUAUGAGGAACUGUUUAGUGCUGUGAUGACAGCAAACGUAGACGGGCGCCCCCUCUACCCUGCCUUUCAAUUCCUACCCUCCAAACGUCGCUACCCCGAGUACUACAGCGUGAUCGACAACCCUAUCGACCUGAAGACGAUUGCGGCCAAGAUCCAAGGCGGGGAGUACGUGAGCCUGACGGAGCUGGAGAGGGACCUACAGUUGAUGGUGCGAAACGCCUGCGCUUUCAAUGAGCCAGGCAGUCAGAUUUAUAAGGAUGCCAAAAUGUUGAAGAAGGUGAUCCAAGUCCGUAAGCAAGAGAUAGACCAGCACGGACGCAGUGGGCCAGCGAAGACUUCAGAACGGAUCCGCAGCAAGAGGACCUCUCGAGUCGGUCCGGUACCCACCAGCAAGGAGCUGGCUAUCAUGGAGCCUCCGGACAGCGAUGAUUCUCAUGUUAAACACUCUGAAGAUAGCGCAGCUGAGAGCGACGAAGACAAGAUAGAAGAUGAGAACUCUCCGCUAUGGAAACUGUACGAGACUGUCAAGAAUCAUCUCGGCCCUAAUGGUACCCCAAUGGCGGAACCGUUCGCAAAGCUGCCCUCCCGUCGAGUGUACCCGGACUAUUACAAAGAGAUAAAGAACCCGGUAUCACUGAAUCAGAUCAGGAACAAACUACGCCUGGGCGCGUACGGAACCCUAUCGGAGGUGGCGGGCGACAUGAACAUUAUGUUCGAGAACGCUAAACAGUAUAACGUGCCGACGUCCAGGCUCUAUAAGGACAGCGUCAAGUUGCAGAGGUUGAUGCAACAGCGCGUUCAGGAACUGUUGGACAUAGUGCAAAGCUCGUCCAGCGACGACGAGAGCCUCUCCACUGUCAAGAGUCAGAACCAAAACACACCAAGGCCCAGAGGGUGUUUUUCAAGUCGUCCGCGCGUCAAUCCGAUUCCAGUUACGCCAUCUCCCGCACCUUCUCCAUCUGUGCCCAAAUCUUCACUGCCGCUGAAGAAGAAGCUUCACUACAUAUCCAAGCAGCUGCUAGAAUUCACCUGCGCAGACGGCCGUCAGCCCAUGCUGUUGUUCAUGGAGAAACCUAGCAAGAAGUUGUAUCCAGAGUAUUAUAAUGUGAUUGACAAACCCAUUGAUAUGAUCACCAUUGAGAGUAAUAUCAAGAAUGAUCGUUACACCUCUCUUGAAGAAAUGACAUCAGACUUCCGCCUGAUGUUCUCGAACUGCCGUCAAUUCAACGAAGAAGGCUCUAUGAUAUACGACGACGCGAACCUUCUAGAACGAGUCCUCAACGAUCGCCUGAAGGAACUCCACACUGGUGUGCCCACUUCUGAGAAGAAAGCGGCAGUAUUGAAGACAUUCAAAGCGGCGAAGAAUAAGCAGUUAUCACCGUUGGAACAGAAGUUGAGGACGCUAUAUGAUGCCAUUAGAGAUUAUAGGGAUCCUAAAGCAAACCGUCUACUAGCGCUCAUUUUCAUGAAACUUCCCAACAAAGUGGAAUACCCGGACUACUACGAGCUGAUCAAGAAUCCGAUAGACAUGGAGAAGAUAGCCCAUAAACUAAAGAACGGCGUCUAUGGAUCUGUCAACGAGUUGGCUUCGGAUUUCAUACUGAUGUUCGACAACGCUUGUAAAUACAACGAGCCUGAUUCACAGAUUUAUAAAGACGCGCUCAUUCUGCAGCGGAUGUGUUUGCAGACUAAACAGCUUUUGAGAGAGGACGACGACUCAGUGCCCGAUGUGCCAGCGGCAGUACAAGAGCUGCUUCUCAAUUUGUUCACCACCGUCUAUAAUCACCAAGAUGAGGAGGGCAGAUGCUAUUCAGACAGUAUGGCGGAACUUCCGGAACACGAUGAAACUGCGAGCGGGGAUAAAGUGCGCGCGAUAUCAUUGGAUUUAGUUAAGCGGAGGCUGGACAGAGGGCUUUACAAGCGCUUGGAUCAUUUCCAACAGGAUAUGUUUGCCGUGUUUGAGAGAGCCCGUCGCCUUUCCCGCACCGACAGCCAAAUAUUCGAAGACUCAGUCGAACUGCAGUCCUACUUCGUGGAACAACGGGACAUACUCUGCAAGAACACCCUACAGUCCCCCGCCCUGGCAUUCACCCGAGACACGAUCACCACCAGCGUGGAAUUGGUGAAACAGUGCAAGCUGCUGCAGGAGAAUGAGGACGAAGACGAGACCAGGUCCAGCACGGACGACUCAAUGCCAGCCGGCAGCGCACCUCUCCAACAAACCCAGUAUAAUAAGGGGGACUUCGUAUACGUACAGCCCGAGAAAGGGAACAAGGAGCCGUCCAUAGUUCAGGUGGAAAGAGUUUGGACCAAUAAGGAGGGGGUGCCUAUGAUGUACGCGAAUGUGUACUUCCGGCCCCACGAAACAUUCCACGUGCGCACGCGCAAGUUCCUGCAGCAGGAGGUGUUCAAGACGGAGACCCACCGCAGCAUACCGCUAGACCAGGUCAUGGGGCACUGCUACGUCAUGAACGUUAAGGAGUACUUCAAGUUCAAACCAGAGGGCUACACCGACAAGGAUGUGUACGUGUGCGAGAGUAGAUACAGCACUCGGCACCGCUGGUUCAAGAAGAUCAAGGUGUGGGAGGGAGCAGAGAAGGAGGCCACUCUUAUUCCUAGAGAGGUACCUCUGGAGCCCAGUAGGACGGUGUCGGUGUUCCGCGAACGCGUCGAGAAACACAAAGACGAGUUAGCAGAGUUGGAAGUGCUUGAAAACGUUCAGGAAAAAGAACGACCGGACGUGGUGAUGUACAACCCGCUGGGCACGGACGACGAGAACACGUACUACGAGCAAUACAACACCGCGUGCUCGGGCGUGGUGAAGACCGGCGACUGCGUGUACGUGGUCACGGACGGCGGCAAGCAGCUCAUCGCGCAGGUGCACUCCAUCUGGGAGACGGCCGAUAACAAAUGCUACUUCCGUGGUCCGUUCCUGAUCUUCCCUUCGGAAGUGGCUAACAUCAUCAACAAGCCGUUCUAUAAACAAGAAGUAUUGUUGACGACUAUGCACGACACUAGCCCACUAGUGGGCAUCGUGGGCAAGUGUGCGGUGUUGGACUACGACGAUUAUUUGAAAUGCCGGCCGACAGAGAUAGCGGAGUCGGACGUGUUCGUAUGCGAAUCAGUGUAUGAUGAAUCCAGCCGCGUGGCGCGGAAACUGAAGGCCGGCCUGCGCAAGAUGGAGCACACUAAAGACGUCACUGUCGACGAGAUCUACUUCUUCCCGAAGCCGCUGGGCCCGCCGCCGCUGGCGACGGCACACGAAGUAAACUCGACCUCGUACGCCUUCACUCAGAAACAGUUCAACCCGAACGUCAACGCUGAUUCUAUGGACAGUAAACCACAGUUUACCAACCUGAUCAAUACAACGAUCGGCAGUCAAGACGUGGAGAUGAUUCUAGAGAAUUCUCUGGACGAUUCGUCGCUCGCAUCGCCGGCCACUCCUUUGAGUAUAGGCGGCAACAGCAACCCCUACAACCCGUCGAUGUCGGCCACCCCCAGCCAGGACCGGCCCCCCGCGACCCCCCACAGCACCAAGAAGAAGAAGGACUCCAAGCAGAAGCUGGUCACGGGCUACAUCCUGUACUCGAGCGAAGUCAGGAAAGCAAUCAUAGCUAACAACCCCGAUGCAACUUUUGCAUCCAAGGACAGAAAUAAGAAAUUAGGCGAGAUUUCUCGCAUCGUGGGCAACGAGUGGCGAUCACUGCCGACUUCAACCAAGCAGAGUUGGGAAGAAAGAGCUGCGCGGUGCAAUGAGGAAACGUCAGCUAAACUGGCUGAGGAGAUGAGGGAGUUGUCGCAACAUACCCCGAUGGAGAUGACCUACGAGUGCGCGUGGGACACGUGCGACUACCAGUUCGAGGACCUCCAGGACUGCAUGGAACACUGCAUCGGAGACGGAGGUAACAUGAUCGGAACUUACAUUGAGACUAAGAAGAGUAAAUUAGAACCGGGACACGUCCAACAACACUACCGGGGCUCCUUCAGCGAGUACCCGUGUCUAUGGCGGAACUGCAACCGCGUCAGAAAGGGUCAAGCGCCUUUCCCCAACCUACCGCGCCUCUUGAGACAUGUGCGUGACUUGCAUGUCAACAAAGGCAAUGGCAAAAUGAUGGCGAUACACGAGAGGUCCAGAACCUUCAUGCCUUCCACGAAGAAGCCGCCAAAGACGUUCACUGCGCGAAGCGGGGUGAUGUCACCUGGAGCAUCAUUAUCAGGCAUGUCGCCCCUAGCGCGCAACACGCCCUCCCCUGGCCUGGGUGUGGGCGUGGAGUCCUCGCUGUCGGCCCCCCCUCGCGCGGGGCUGGAUCCGCUGUUCGUGGCUGCGCCGCCCCGCGCUCCCCGCGUCACACAUUCCGAGGCCUACAUCCGAUACAUCGAAGGCCUCCAUUCGGAACAGAAGUACAUCACUCCUUGGGAGAAGUCAUUGACCCCGAUGCCGAUCAACCCAGACCCCAAUCAAUUCAACAUGCACAAACUCCCAGCCCACUGGAUGACCGAAGAGGCCGUAUCGGGCUUUUUAGCCCAGGACAAGAGUUUGUCGGAAACAGACAUACAAAAAAUGGACAAUACCUCCAAAAUUCUGAAAGGACUGUGCUGCUUGAGAGAUUUUCUCAUGAGGGAUUCUCUGAACAUUUAUAGAAGUCAGAUCUGAUAUGUUCAGGCGUAAAGUUGACUUUAGGUAAUAAUUAACCUAAUAAUCUAUAGGUACGAUAAAAAAUAUGACAUUUUUUUUGGUUUUGCUUUGGGAUCUGUGUACAUCAGUAUUCAGAAACGUGAAAUAAUGUAACAUUUGGACGGAACUGCAAUUUGAAUAACGUUUUAAAAGAAAUAACGAUUUUAUUAUUCUAUUUUCUGUGCUAUUUCGAUAGAAUAGUAUGGAUAUGGUAGUGGGCCGUAUGAUUCUCCGAGUCCUAUCAAGAUAGUGGUUAUUUAGAAUAAGACUAAACCAAUCGUACAUGUUGUAAGCAAAAUCGAAUAAACUACUAUAGAUUGA